AUGCCCCCAACAGGAUGGAAAGCAUACCAAUACAACCCAUCAAUGGGCGCAGCAAUCCUCUUCAUAAUCCUGUUCGGCAUAACAACAAUGAUCCACACAUGGCGACUGUUCAGCACGAGAACGUGGUUCUUCAUCCCGAUGAUGAUAGGAGGAUACUUCGAAACAGUAGGCUACAUAGGCCGCGCAAUGUCCGCAAACCAAUCGCCAAACUGGACAACGGGGCCAUACAUAAUUCAAAGCACACUCCUUCUCAUCGCACCGGCUCUGUUCGCCGCGAGUAUUUAUAUGGAACUUGGACGGGUGAUUCUUCUUGUGCGCGGUGAACGGUUUUCCAUUGUGAGGGUGAAUUGGUUGACGAAGAUUUUCGUUGCGGGUGAUGUUUUGAGUUUUUUGAUGCAGGCUUCUGGCGCCGGCCUAAUGGUAACAGCCGCCAACGGGGGCUCAACCUCCUCAGCAAGCACCGGAAAAACCGUCAUAGUGGGCGGCCUAUUCGUCCAAAUCCUCUUCUUCGGCAUAUUCCUUCUCAGCGCGAUAAUUUUCCAGCGUCGUCUGACCUCCUCGCGCGGCGGUGGCUAUGUAUCCAGCAUUGACCAUCUACCGUGGCGAAAGCAUAUGUUUGCGCUUCACACGUCCAGCGUGUUGAUUUUGAUUCGGUCCGUUGUUAGGGUUAUUGAAUAUGUGCAGGGGACGGAUGGGUUUGUGAUGAGUAAUGAGGUUUUUAUUUAUGCGUUUGAUGGGUUGUUGAUGUGGGUUAUGUUGGUUAUUUUUGUGGUUGUUCAUCCGUGUGAAGUGGGGGCGCUUUUGAAGAGGGAGAAAUUGAGGGGUGGGAGGGGGUUUGGCGUUGACGGGGGUGAGCCUUUGGUUUAG